AGGAACGGCGGCCGCCGCCCGCUCGCGUUCCGUUUCCCCCUCCCCACGUACGCCGCCCCGCCUCUCUGCAGCCGCCCGCCCGCGGAGCGCCGCCGCCGGCCUGAGCGCCCGCUCGCCUCGCUUCUCGCCUCUCUCUGUGUCCGCGGCGGGCCGGUGCGAUGCGGCUGGGCCCGAGGCCCGUGGCGCUGGGGCUGCUGCUGCUGUGCGCCACGGCAGCCGGCGCCGGGGACCCCGAGGAGCUGCACUACCCGCAGGGCGAGCACCGCGCUGACUACGACCGUGAGGCGCUGCUGGGCGGCCAGGAAGAAGUAGAUGAAUAUGUUAAACUCACCCCUGAAGAGCAACACAAAAGACUGAAGUCAAUCAUAAAGAAAAUUGACUUGGACUCGGAUGGCUUUCUCACCGAAAGUGAACUGAGUUCGUGGAUUCAAAUGUCUUUUAAACAUUAUGCUAUGCAAGAAGCAAAACAACAGUUUGUUGAGUAUGAUAAAAACAGUGAUGGUAGUGUAUCGUGGGAUGAAUACAACAUUCAGAUGUAUGAUCGUGUGAUCGACUUUGAUGAGAACACUGCUCUGGAUGAUGCAGAAGAGGAGUCUUUUAGGCAGCUUCAUUUAAAGGACAAGAAGCGAUUUGAAAAAGCUAACCAGGAUUCAAGUCCUGGUUUGAAUCUUGAAGAAUUUAUUGCUUUUGAGCAUCCUGAAGAAGUUGAUUAUAUGACGGAAUUUGUCAUUCAGGAGGCUUUAGAAGAACAUGACAAAAAUGGUGAUGGAUUUGUUAGUUUGGAAGAAUUUCUUGGUGACUACAGGCGGGAUCCAACAGCAAAUGAAGAUCCAGAGUGGAUACUUGUUGAGAAAGAUAGAUUCGUGAAUGAUUAUGACAAAGAUUCUGAUGGCAAGCUUGAUCCCCAAGAGCUGUUAGCUUGGGUAGUACCCAAUAAUCAGGGCAUUGCCCAAGAAGAGGCUCUUCAUCUAAUUGAUGAAAUGGAUUUGAACAGUGACAGAAAGCUCUCUGAAGCAGAGAUUCUGGAGAACCAGGACUUGUUUCUUACCAGUGAAGCCACAGAUUAUGGCAGACAGCUUCAUGAUGAAUAUUUCUAUCAUGAUGAGCUUUAAUCCCUGGGUAUACCUGAGUAGAGUACUGGCCCUUUUUAUAAUUUGUUACCAGCUUUACUUUUGUGAUAAAAUAUUGAUGUUAUAUUUUACACACUUAAGUCUUAUCACAGUCAAAAUUAUCUUAAUGUAGAUUAUACUUUUGGCCUUUUAGAAGAAAAACAAAACAAAACCUGAUAUUUAUUUCAAAACAUAUUGAAGAAAUGAAACAGUAUUGUGCCAUAUGACAACAGUCUUUCCUAAAUAUUCUGUUUAGUACUGUAUUGUGGAAUAUUUGAGUUCUAUUUCCAUACUUGAAAAAAUGGAGGAUUUUAGAGAUGCCUGAACAAUAUUAUUUAAGUAGUAUAUGACCGAGCUAUCAAUUUUAAGUAGAUUUAAUUUGGAAACGACAGAAAGGACAUUGUUUUUAGAUUUAGCAUUUUGUUUUAAAACCUUUAAAGGAAACUUUAAAAGGACUUACACUUCACAUAUUAAUGUUGAGAAGUUCUGCUUAAUUUUAAAAUGGUUUCUAUAAAGGGUUUUAUUGUAUGAAAUAGAACUUUAUAUUUUUGCAUAUGUAUAGAUAGUAAUUAUAUUUAAUGUGUAACUAUAGCAUUAUGGUGUGUGGAAUUCGACAGUGUCCAGAACUCUUUUCUUUUUUGACUGAUUAAAAAUGAAAUGUCCUAUCUUUU